AUGAAAGCGUUCGACAUCGUCCCACAUUGUAGUCUUGUAGCCAAAGCAGAAGCUCACAGUAUCAAGGAAAAUGUCCUUCAGUGGAUCCAGGACUUCUUGAGCCACUGGUCACAAUGGGUCUGUGUCAACGGUGUGAGUGACAUCCCACAAUGCAGUGUCAUUGGCCCAGGACUGUUUCUCAUGUAUAUAAACGAUCUGCCUUGGCAUGUCCAGAGCCACGUCAGGUUAUUUGCUGACGACACAAAGAUCUUCGCAAGGAGUAACGUUGAUGUGACCAUGACAACGCUACAAGAUAACCUGGAUCGCCUUCGCGAGUGGUCGAUGAACCGGCAAAUGUGGUUCCGUCUUGAGAAAACUUUUGCCCUUAUGAGUAAUCAGGAAAGGAAAUGUCAAAGAAUGUGUGAUUUGCUGAAUGCACUUGUCACACCAAAGGAGACUUCAAGAAUAGUUGGAGUGUCCUUAAAGACUGUUUAUGAUGUAAAUAAUAUAAUGACUAUGAGCAAAGCUAUUAUGAGGAGGUCUGGAAGUGGAGGAAUCAACAAAAACGUACCAAAAUCCUAA